AAAUUAAAAUCGGCCACUUUCAGUAUGAUGAAAGUGAACAGGAUGCUGAACUACCAUGGACAAGAGACUGAUUCAAUGACCUACUUUUAUUUCUUGAAACAUCUUGUUAUCCCCAACUCAAGUCUUUUGAGAUUCUGAAACUCUGUUGAAUACCAGGAGAAUCCUCGGAGGGUUUCGGCUCCGGUUCGACGAUGUCGAAAGACAACAUCGCCUUUGCUGGUCUUUUAGAAUCCUUGUUGGCAGAUAUUUCAGCAGUAACAGAAUCAUUAGAAUGUAUAGACAUAGAGCAGGAAAGCUUUCUUGAAGUUGGAUGUUACCUUUAUCGAGUUUUUCCGGCGAUAAUGGAAUUAAAGCGUACCGAAAACCGCCCGAAAAAUGCAAGGGAGAUUCUACAAUCCAUUUCCCAGAAUGUCAAUCUGGCAAAAGAUCUUGUGGGAGAAUGCCAUAAAGAGAACCAACCAGGGAAUAUCAUAGCCAAGCUAGAAGGGGUGAUAAAAGACAUAGGUGAAUGCCUGUGCUUGAUACCAUCUGCAACAUUCGGAGGCGAGGAGUAUGCGGAAACUGCAGUCCGGUCUCUCUCGGAGGAAAUGCAAAAUGUCCGUUUUGAAGUUAAGCAACCUCGAGAAUUAAGAGUCGAAGAGCUGGAACCGAAGAUGUCUUUUGCAACAGAGCAGCUUAAGAAAUCAAAAAUGGCAAUAGAAAGUUCUCAAAUGCCACAACAAAUGCCUAUAGUCUGGUCUCUUUCAGAGGAAAUGCAGAAUGUCCAUUUCCAAGUUGAGCAGCAUCAAGAAUUACAAACCAAAGAGCUCGAACCAAAGAUGUAUUCUGCAACAAAACAUCCUAAGAAAUCAAAAAUGGGAAUAGAAAGUUCUCAGAUGCCACAACAAAUUCCAAUAGAUUCGGAUCUUUACUCCGUUGACGUUGAAGUCUCCACUGGCUCCGAAAGUUCUCGAGCUUUGAACAUGCCUUUGCUAAAUGAUUUUCUUAAAAUUUCAAGUCCUAGAAGACUGUAUGAGAGUAUAAACAAAUCCUUGACAAUGUUGCCAAAGGUAGCUCAUUAUAUCGAACCUAUGUAUGACACUUUCUUCUGUCCAUUAACUAAGCAGAUUAUGGAUGAUCCAGUUACCAUUGAGAGUGGAGUGACCUACGAGAGGAAGGCGAUAUCGGAGUGGUUCAAAACUUUUAGUCAUCUAGAAGAUAUAAAAUGUCCAACCACAGGGACGAAGCUCACAAGCAGGGUUUUAAGCACCAAUGUUGCUUUAAAGACCACGAUAGAGCAAUGGAAGGAUCGGAACGAAGUUGCGAGGAUCAAGGUUGCUCGUGCGGCAUUAUCUUUGGAUAGUUCGAAUAGUAUGAUACUAGAGGCAAUACGGGACCUGCAACAUAUAUGCAAAAGGAAACAGUACAGUAAGGUGCAAGUACUUACUGCUGGAAUAUUGCCAUCGCUUAAUAAGUUACUUGGAUACAAAGAUAAAGAUGUCAGAUGUGAAGCUCUGGACCUAUUACGAAAAUUGGCCGAGGACGAUGACGAAGGAAAGGAAAUGAUCGCUGAUACAAUGGAUAUGUCAACACUAGUUGAGUUGUUAUCAAGUAGCCACCAGCCAGUUCGUUAUGCAUCAUUGCUUUUCUUACUUGAGCUUUCAAGAUGUCGAGCUUUAGGCGAAAAAAUCGGGUCGGCAACCGGAGCAAUUUUGAUUCUGAUCAGAAUCAAAUACAACCAUCAGGUUGAUUCUUUUGCUUCCCAAACAGCAGAUGAAAUUUUAAAGAACCUGGAGAGAGUUCGAGAUAACAUAAAGCGGAUGGCCGAGUACGGGUUCUUGGAACCUCUUCUGAAUCAUCUAACAGAAGGUUCCAAGGAGAUGCAGAUGGAAAUGGCAAGCUACUUAGGGGAAGUCAUUCUUGGUAAUGACAGCAAAACCUAUGUGGCUGAGAGGACUGCUCCUAGUCUCAUUAAAAUGGUGCAAAGUGGAAACGCCAUUGUCAGAGAAGCUGCAUUCAAAGCUUUGGCACAAAUCUCGUCUCACCAUUCGAAUGGAACGAUACUUGUCGAAGCCGGUAUCGUCCAGAUUAUGGUUGAAGAGAUGUUCACUCGUAGGAUAUACAAUGAACCUAUGAACUCAAAGAAAGAAGCUGCAGCAAUACUUGCUAAUAUUCUGGAGUCCGGGGUUGAGCAUUACAGCAUUCAAGUAAAUCCCCAUGGACACAAGAUAAGUUCGGAUUAUGUCGUCUAUAGCAUUAUCAGCAUGCUUAAGAACUCGAGAGUUCACGAGCUCAACAUCAAUCUCAUCAGAAUUCUCUUAUCCCUGACAAAGUCAUCCGAUUCGAUGGCAACGGUUUUCUCGGCUCUGAACGAGCCUGAAGCAAGUUACACCCUCAUCGAAUUCAUCAACUACCCACACGAACAACUCGGGGUUGCAGCAAUCAAGCUACUCGUUACCCUUUCACCGCACAUAGGUAACACACUAGCAGAGAGACUCUGCAAAACCAGGGGGCUGCCUGAGAGCUUGAUUGAGGACCCUGCGGAAACGAACCACAUUACCGAGAAGCAGGCAGUUUCAGCAAAAUUUUUGGCAAAACUCCCCCAGCAGAAUCUAACACUCAACCUUGCUCUUCUGCACAAGAAUGUUGUGCCCGUAAUCCUUCAAAAAAUCGGUUUAAUCCAAAGAAGUGGAAUAAGAACUAGCAGGCAUGCAACAGUUUACUUAGAGGGCCUAGUUGGGAUUCUUGUUAGAUUCACAACUACACUGUAUGAACCACAGAUAUUGUCUCUGGCAAAAGCUCACAGGCUCACAUCGGUGUUCACCGAACUGCUCAUGAGGACAUCUAGUGAUGAAGUUCAAAGAUUAUCAGCAAUCGGACUGGAGAAUCUCUCGUUAGAGUCAAUAAAUCUAUCGCAGCUACCGACAAUGAAGAAAACCAAGUCUACGAGAUUGUUCCACCUGCCGAAACUUCGAUCUUCCAGUUCAACAAAAAGGAUAGGGAUACCAUUACUAUGUCCAGUUCAUAGAGGCGUUUGUUCUUCAGAAACCACAUUUUGUUUGAUCGAUGCAAAGGCCGUCGAAAGGCUGUUGGCAUGCCUGGAUCAUGAGAAUAGUGAGGUAGUUGAAGCUUCAAUGGCAGCUAUAUGUACUUUGUUGGACGAGAAUGUCGACGUCGACAAGAGUGUGAGCCUGUUGAAUGAAUUGAAUGCCAUUCAACAUAUCUUGAAUGCAGUGAGAGAGCACAAAGAAGAAGGCCUCUGGCAAAAAUCUUUUUGGAUGAUUGAUAAAUUCCUAGUGAAAGGUGGAAAUAAGUCAGCUUCGGACAUCUCACAAGAUAGGUCGCUGCCUGCCUCGUUGGUUAGUGCUUUUCACCAUGGGAAUGGCAGUACGAGGCAGAUCGCCGAGAGCAUUUUACGACGCUUAAACAGGAUGCCGAGCAGCUCAACUAGCUAUUACUCCAUAUAA